GAGGAUUUUUGCAGUCAGUGAAGCGUCCGUUCACAGGCCGCGUCACGUCACCACGUGUCAACCACAGCUAGGACUCAAGACGUGUCUGUACCAGCUCACAGUGAGCGACAUGCAGCCAGUGAGCAUCUGCCAUGGCAAACAGACUGUUGCCUCAGGGGGUGAAGAUGAUGAAGGUGCAGUUGGACAUGAUGAAACAGUGAAAAUAAUGACGAAUCCAGACCAGGUGGAGGCAGUCACCAAAGGAGUCCAGUCAGGAGCAGUCUCCACUGGAUCUGGAUCUAAUGAGAAGACAAGAAGGAAGAUGAAGAGGGAGUGGAAGAAGCUGAUGAAGAAGAAGCUCAGGUCGGCCCAUAGUUCGGACAAUUUAAUGUCAGAGCUUCCAUUUGCUCUCACCAGUCCCACCACAUGGAAGGAGCUGGAAUUCCCCAGCCCAGAGUCUGGGUCAACCCAGAAAAAAAGAAAGAGGAAGAGAGGGGAAAGUGGAGUGCGAGUGGACAGUGAGGAGGAUGGAGACAAGAAAAAGAAGAAAGAGAGUCAACGGCCCAAUUACUUUGUCUCCAUCCCUAUUACUAACCAAAAGAUAAGCUCCGCUGUGGCUGAGGUCCAAGAGGCGGUGCUUCAGCAGGAGCCCCGAUUGGCUAAAGCUAUGAUCCCAGUCCCGACGCUCCACAUCACACUGUUAGUCACCCAUCUCGCCAAUCAGGAGCAAAUAGACCUAGCGGCUACCGUGCUGGCCCGGGUCGAGCCAUCAUUGGCUGAGCUGCUGGGUGGGCGGGACCUAGUGCUGCCCUUCUCAGGCAUCGGUCAUUUCAGGAAGGAGGUGGUGUUUGUUGGGCUGGGCCCCGGACAACACAGACACACACUGGACAGCUUGGCAGAGUUGUUGCGGAGUUGCUUUGAAGAGGAGGGUCUUUUGCAAGGAGGCAGUCGUGGGUUUGAACCCCACCUCACCAUUAUGAAGCUGUCAAGAGCGUCAAAACUACGAUCCCAGGGUAUAAAGCGUGUGGAGCCAGCCCUUUACUCCAACUAUACUGACAAGUUCUUUGGAGACCAAAUGGUGGAGCGGAUGGAUCUUUGCUCUAUGUUGAAAAAGAAGCAACAAGAGGGCUAUUACCACACUGAGACUUCACUACAACUUGGUGCGCGUCGCCGGUCUGAGCCAAACGAGGCGGAGCUACUGAGGGUCAGCAGGAAACUGGUGGAGGAUGCCGUCAGUCGCGCUGUGCAACAAUACAAAAAGGAAACACUUCAAAAUGGGGGCGGGGUUAAUUCCGUGGCAGUGCAGCUCCCUGGAAACACUGAGGAAAAUGCUGCAAAGACGGACACUACCGCUAACUUGACCACAGACAACAGGAAGUGACAUCGAAAGACGGAGGUACACAGACUGAAAGUCCAGCUGCCCACAGACCAUUAGCCAGACCUGGCUAACCAGGAGAAGAGUCCGUGUUCUGGGCAGAAAACCCUGGACCAGCCAACCAGUCAGUUUGCUGACCAACUACACCAGCUAGCCAACUUCAACGGCUAGCCAGCCAUGCUAGCUACCUGCCCACCUGACCAAGCUUGACACAGUGCUAAACAGAACACGGAGCCGAAGACCAGUGCCACUCGAUGACUGUCUGUCUCAAAAGACAGGCUAGCUACGUCUGCCAGCUCACCAAACGUGGAGCAGAUUCAAAGAAAUGAAAGAAACACAAACAAAACAAAAGCAGCAGGACUUCCUGUUAAAUUCCCAUCACAUUUGGUCAGAACACACCAUGACGGUGAGGAUGUUGUCCCUCCCUCUUCUGCUCGUCUGUGGGUCCAUGUUACCCAGAACACAUUUGUGAAGCACUCCUUCUCUGCACACGUAGGGUUCACUGUGACCUCUCACUCACUAGAAUGAAAUGAAUCAUGUAUUGUGGACAGCUUGGUUUACCAUCACCAAAAUUUCUCUAUCAUGUUUUUCACCCCCCGACUAAAACCCCCCUUUCUCCUUCAGCAGAUUAUUUCAGGUAACGGAAAUCAUGCAGUUUUCUUUUUUAGAAAGUCAAUGACUGACGGUGUUGUGACUGGGCAAAUGACUCAAACUUAAAUGUGAAAUAUAGAGUCUCGUAGUUAGGGCUGUCACUUACCGUCCUCUGCUGCUUCACUCAGGUGGAGCUAACUGAUGCAGUAAAAGGUGAGUCAGCAUUUUAAUUUCUUACUAUGGUGUAGAAUCCAAAGUAUGUUAAAAGUGACAGCCCUAAUUAGGAGUUUGGAACUUGUUCCAUUACUGCAUCGACUUGAUUUUGUUGUAUGAUUAUGACAUGAGGUAUCUGUUGUCUUCAUUCUAAAGCGGUCAGUAGAAAAUGGCUCCAGUUAUGACCCAAGUUUUUAAAAAAUAAAAAGUGUUGUUCAGCUGAGGCUACACGGAGACAAUCAUGAAGUUAAAAAAUAAAAAUUCAGCUCUUAACUUGAGCUUUUUUUUUUUAAAACCCAGACAUGACUCUUGUUGGGUCCAUUAACAACAGUCUGCUCAUGAAUCCCGUGUCCCUCAAUCAGUCAUUCAUCUCCACUAAUGUAUUUACUUCAUGGAGACACUAUAUCGGAGAUACUCAAAGUACUGCAACACUAUGACAACACACUACAAGCUGCCAAGAAUGUGUUUUACCCCAUUAAUGAGACUUUGUGCUUGUCUCAAUAAACAAAAAACUAAAAACUGUUACAUUUAUAUGUGAAAGGCUAUUAUGGCUGUUGCUAUUUGACACAUACAAUAAUUUAAUAGCCCCGCUUUGUGCCUGGUGAUCACAUAUAAAUGUAAAUUCAUUUCAUUCACUCUCUGUAUUGUCAGUUCAAGAGCAUGCACAUGAUUUUUAGUUUUUCUUCUUCUUUUUUAAUCCAUUUAUCAAUAGUCUGAGUUUAAGCCUGGGCUCAGUGUUUACUUGGUAUUUGUGCUAAUCUGAGAGACUUUUAUUCUCAGUGACAGCCAUACAGCCAUUCAGAUGGAAAUGGCCACGCUGGAGGAAAGUUCAACUCCAUCAGACAAUCGCUGCUGUCAGCUGAAUGAUAAUCCACCGUGAUCUUAAUUUCGCCGUCUUCCAUCGAUAUGAGUGUGACCCCAAGAGCAUUAUCAUUCUAAUCCAUUCAGAAACACAUGCUGCCAACAAAAAUGUUUGGUUUUCAAAGGGGGGGGCCGGGGCGGGCGGGGCGGGGUACUUCGACUACAAGAUGACGAUGGCACUAGAUAAUGGUUAUAAAGGUCUGACUUUUUAACAAUUGUAUUUAUUUGCUUUAGUUUUGCAGCAGAAUCACUGUCAGAAUUAUUAAGUUCAAGUGAACAAGUGAAAAAGAUGUUUUAUUUUGAAUUCAGUUUGCAUUUAAAUGUUUAAAAAAAAAGCACAAACUUUAGAUUUUGGUUUUUUUUUUAUUACCUAAUUUUAAGAGAGCAGGUAGAUGCUGUUAAAUCAAACUGCCUCUGUUUAGAGUGGCCUUUAGUCACUAAAACUAAUUGAUGAUGAUUUUUGUUGAAGUGCUGAAGGUGACAAUGCCCAGGUAACAUUUUAGCCAACACAAGUAAAUUGGUGAUGAUAAAUGUUCAAAUGUGGAAAUUGAGGAAAAAAAAAAAAAAAAUCCACCUCGAGACAGAAUUCAUGUUAUUUCUACUUUAAAUCCUAAUUAUGUUCCUGUGAAAAGAGUGACCUGGCUGUCGGCUCAGAUUUUGUGCCAUAUGAGGUUUAUUUCUCUUUAGUUCAAACAGGCGUGAGGUGGAAAAUGUUCUCUUAUCCCUGUGAAAUCCACUUCAGUCCUGUCAUGGACUCACUGAAACAUGAAUAACACAAGAGAAUUCUGUCUUAAGGUGGACGCUGAACGUUUUUGUUUUGAUCUUAUUAUUGUCACCGGAUCCUUAAUCUCCUUAAAAAUCCCCUUUAAUCCACAAAUUGUCCUGUUGAUUUGUUUGUUUAAUCUGUUCAUCCGUUUGUGAGCGUGUGUGUGUGUGUGUGUUCACAAAGUGACUGUGGGAUGCUGGAUCAGAGCUUCCCCAGAGAAAGUCUCAUCACUAUCAGUUAUAAAAACACAGAGGCGAGUGUGAGAACGCCUCAACAAAUUUGUCUUUUCUGUUUGUCUUUCCCUGUCAGUGUGUGUGUGUGUGUGUGUGUGUGCGCGCAUGUGUGACUGCCUCGGUGUGUUUGUACUGUGUGUUUUAUCAUGUUCUGCCGUAUUUGAACAAUAAAACAGGAUAUGAGAUUCACAACCAA